GAGACGGAGUGUAGCAGAGGGAGGGAGAACACCGACUCUCUUAUUCACGGACCUCUAACAAGAGGAACCAGGACCAGAACCGAACAAGGCACCCUCAAACAGUUAACACCGAUCAUGGACUUCCAAUCCCGGGCAGCGGGCGGCGGAGCGGCGGUCAGACUGGUAGCUGCUGACUUUGGCCCCUUCCCGGGUUUGUGGCCCCCUCUCGUCCUCUGAAGCCGGCGGAGGAACUUCACCGGAAGCCCCGGAGAGGCGCAGCGGGGCACAGGCUCAAUAGACUCGGUGCAUGAGAAUCUGAAAGGAAGAUCCUGUUUUAUAAAAGUCCAUACGUCCCUCGGAGUUUGUUUUUGGGUCAGAACCAUGCACACUCAGCGCGAUGUCAUUUAUUUAAACUGCAACGGAGCGCAGCGGGAAGGAUGCGGAGUUUAUCCUCGCUGUGUGCGCAGCACUGUGCGUGGAGCCAAGCGGAGCGAGUCGGCGUGAACAGGGGAGACUUUCUGCUUUCCUGAAGGUUUGCGUGUGAAGCCACAAUGCUGUUUUGUUGAGGAACUGUCAUCAGGUCAUGGCGUGAUGAUCCCCAGGAAUGCAUGCGACUUCAUCAAUCCUCAGCACCACACUCUGAAUUCUGCUCUGUGAGACGAUGGAAAAAAUGUGAUGGACUUUAUGAACCAGUUCAGAAAUGGGUGGGUGUGGGUGAAGGAACAACAUCCAUUAGUGUAUUCCCAUUUUUUUGGGAACCUCAGGACAACCAAUUGCUGAGGACUUUUUCCAUUACCAGGAUGGACACAAUACUUAGAUCUUAUGAUUCCUCAGCUGGAAUUUCUGAUUCUUAUUAUUUCAUUAAAUCCUAUAGUUAUUUUCUCUGAUGUUGCUGUAUUGAUUCAUAUGAAAUGGAGAUACUGUGGCGUUCAUGGAGUAAGGACUGGACCUCCUUAGUAAGACCGUGGAUUCCUAUACUGCUAGGCCUUCAUCUCCAGUUUUCACGAGCCACUAACUGUCCCGAAGAGUGCCGCUGUGACCGGACCUUUGUUUACUGCAACGAGCGGAGCUUGACCUCAGUGCCUCUGGGAAUCGGUGAGGGCUACAAGACCAUUUACCUACACAACAAUCAGAUCAAUAAUGCUGGCUUUCCACUGGAGCUACACCAUGUGGCCUCUGUGGAAACUGUGUAUCUCUAUGGUAACCAGCUUGACGAAUUUCCAGUUAACCUGCCAAAAAAUGUAAGAGUUCUCCAUCUGCAGGAGAACAACAUUCAGACCAUCUCUCGGGCAGCUCUGGCUCAGCUUCUUCGACUGGAGGAGCUGCAUUUGGAUGAUAACUCCAUUUCUACUGUUGGAGUGGAAGAAGGGGCAUUUAGGGAAGCCUUGAGCCUAAAGAUGCUCUUCUUGACCAAAAACCACCUGAGCAGUGUGCCUAUUGGUCUCCCAGAUGACCUGAAAGAGCUAAGACUGGAUGAGAAUCGGAUUGCGGUCAUUGCAGAGGAAGCAUUUCAGAAUGUCACCCGGCUGGAACGCCUGCUGUUAGAUGGAAACUUGCUAACAGAUGAAGGGAUCUCACCUGGGACUUUUCAAGACCUGGUCACCCUGAGAGACCUGUCUCUAGCACGAAACUCAUUAACUUACCCUCCCCCGCUCCUUCCCGGGGAGAUGCUUGUUAAGUUAAACUUUCAGGAAAAUCAGAUAACCAAGAUCCCUGUGAAAGCAUUGGCAGGUCUGCACAGGCUAGAGAAGUUAGAUCUUUCUAAUAACCAGCUGCAGUCACUGGUGACAGGAGUCUUUGAUGGGCUUGGGAGUCUCAGGCAGCUCACUGUCCGGAACAACCCGUGGCUCUGUGAUUGCGGCAUGCGUUGGGUGGUGUCAUGGCUCAAAUCUCUUCCUGCAUCGUUGAAUGUGCGUGGGUUCAUGUGCCAUAAACCUGAAAAAUUCCGAGGUAUGGUGAUCAGAGAGCUGAGCGCUGACCUGGUCCACUGCACAAAGCCUGCUUCUACAUUUGGCACUGCUAUGAACUCAACCAUUUCCAUUUCAACAGACUUCCCUUUGGUUACUCGACAUGUUUCCUCCUCAAAACGCCCCCUAACCACACUGCCCACCUUCUACACCAUCUACACAACCAAGGAGGAUGGACUGCGGACUAAGCAGCCUCUACAGGUUACUUUCACAAUCUUAAAUGGGUCGGAUAUCCAUGUACGCUGGUUGGCUUCUUUUCCAGUCACUGCCUACAAGGUGACCUGGGCCAGAAUGGAGCCCAGUCUGACCGGAGACACGGUCAGAGAGAGGAUAGUGGGUGGGGAUCAUCGAGGGAUCCGACUGACUAAUCUUGAACCCAAGUCCACAUAUCGGAUUUGCGUUAUUCCUUUGGAUGCGUUCAAUAAUUACAGGCCCAAGGAUGACACUCUGUGCACAGAGGCUGUGACAACUGCAGCCUUUUUCAGCCCAGAUAACAACAACAGGAGACGCUCUGGGCCCGAGCAGGCAACACAGCCAGAGUCUGGCUCACCACUCCUUCUGGCUGGGCUCAUAGGUGGGGCUGUGAUUAUGGUGCUGGUGAUCCUGCUCAGUAUCUUCUGCUGGCACAUGCACAAGAAGAGUCGCUCGGAGUGGAAGUACAACCGGGGACGUAGAAAAGACGAUUAUUGUGAGGCUGGCACCAAAAAAGAUAAUUCCCUCCUGGAAAUGACUGAAACAGGCUUCCAGAUAGUGUCGCUCAACAAUGAGCAGCUCCUCAAGGGAGAUUUCCGUAUUCAGCCAAUCUACAGCCCUAAUGGAGGAGUCAGCUUCAGAGACUGCCCCCCAGUGAACACCACCACAGUGUUCUGUAAGAAUAAUGUUCAGGAUCGUGAUUCAUGAUGGUUCUAGAAAACCAUCAGGAGUUUCCUAAAACUGUCCAGACAUUUUUGAACUCUGUAAAGUUAAAAUGAUUUAAAAGUUGUCUUCAAAAAUGUAAUUUAUACAAUUGACUUGACCAUCUCUUUUACAUAACAUUGUUGGAUUUAUAGGUUGUUGUUUUUUGGAGUAGUGAUGUUGCAGUUCUGUGCACAAACACAUAUAAAGAAACAUUUUUUUUUUCUUAAGAGUUGAGGAUGACUUGUUUUACUGUUAUUGUGUAAGGCUUUUUGCUUGUGAAUUUUAUAAGGAAUCCUGAUAGACACGAGAAUAACAGAUUUUCACCACCAGAGGGUGUAGUUUUUCUGCUAUGAGCUAUGGGGUUGCAGCUGAGGUCAGGUGAGAGUAUUAAAUUCUCCAAGAAGUGUUGGACCAUAUGCAAACCAUUUUCUGUCUGCUUUAGAAAGAAAUUUAAAGGUCACACUCAUUAAACACUCGGAAAGUGGCAGGCUGCAGAGCUUUCACCUGCGUCUCCAAUUUAAUACAUCAUCACAGCAAAGUGGGUCUUGUUAUCAGCACCUGCUGUGAUUGGUGUUGGUGUCACAAAGUGAGCUGCAAAGAAGCACAACCUCUGAAUGUUAAAUUCCUUAAAACAAAAGUAUUUUCUUUGAGUUUAAUAUUUACCAUUUUUCAGCAGAAGAAUUUAUUAAUGUGCCUUGAAGUUAUCAGCUUAAAAUGUGUUCAACAUCCAUGUUUUUGCACAAGAUGUAUCCUUGUAUAUACAAUUUAAUGGAAUAUUGUGAAUAAUACUUUUGCUUCUCUUUAUUUAUUUAUCUUGUGAGACAUUUAAUUAAAACGUAUCUCCAAAUGGGAAUUUAUUCCAGACUCUGGCUUAGCAGGAGCAACAACAUUUGAUGGUAUGUAAUGUGGGUUAGCACAGGAUCCUGAAUUACAAACACAUGAAUACACAGAUAUAAAACACAGCAGUGAAACUCUGAGGCACAUAAACAGUACCACAGUACCUAUAGUCUAUGAGCACAUAUAUGUAGUAAUUUUAAAUUUGGAUGAGGUGUUCAUUAAGACAACCUUUGACAAGUUGAACAGUUCACAUAUUUCAAAGGUGUUAAGGUGAGGUCUUUGUAAGAUGAAGCGUUCUUAAAAGGGCAGAUGAAUGAAAGAAAUUUCCAACUAUUUUCCAAUUACUGGGGUUGAAUUUAGAAAGAACAGAAUCCCAAUGAUGGUGAGAUUCUGUUUCUAACAAAUGAGCCCAAGAAUCACAGUUUAGCAAGGUGGAACAAGAGACAGACAGGUAGAUCUGCUCCAUCCAAAUUCAAACCCUCUCCUAAGGGAAUGAGAUAUGUGUCAUGGCUGAAAGUAAAAGAUCUUGAAUAAAAGUGAUUUAAAUGAGAUUCUUAUAGGCCAUUGAGGCUGUGUUGGAAAUGUCUAGAAACCACCUGAGGGACUUUGUGUAUCCAAUAUUUUGGGUCCUAAAUUGAGUCUGGAAAUGUCACUGGGUAUAGAACAGCAUAACCAUCCUAGAUUGUUUUUCUCUAGCAUCCAGAAUGAACGCUUCAAAUGCAGAAGCAUCAGUUUCAAUCUGUUGAAUACUAUUAUAUCAGUCAAACCAACUAAAUAUUCCUUUCCAAAAAUGCUACGUCUAGAUGGGAAAGCCAGACAUCGCCUCUUUUCAGAGACAUCUGAUUAUACAUAGAGACACCUUUAUCAGAUUGUCAAAGCCCUGGAGCAUAUUUGGUUUCAGCUCCUUACGUUAUCUCUAAGCCUUCAUGGUCACCCAACAGAAGAAUCAAAUUUGAUCAAUUUGUAUCCAAAAUAGCAGACUUUUAGUGAUGGCCACAUUUAGAAGUUGGAAAUAGCUGACCAGUAAAUCCAGAGAAGCAACUUUCAGAUCAGCUUUCUUCACCACACAGACCAGAUCAACAGCCUUAAAUGCCGCCGUCUAAUUCCUGCUCAAUCCUGUCAACAUCCAGAUACUAAAAUGUCCCACAUUGGGAGAAUUUAAUCUUUUUCUAGUUGAGAGAUGGCUAUUACUAUGUUUUCCAUAGAUUUCUAUUUUCCCCAUGAAAAAAUAAUCUCAGAAUCUUUAGAUUUAAUCAUAAAGAUUUUUCUAGUCACCAUGUGAGAAUUUUUUCAGAAAAAUAUAAAAACAAUAUAAUAUAACAAGUAAAUGUUCAUAGACCUCUGAUAAGCUUAACACAUAGGUAUUUUACCUGAUACUGAUAAACUUCUGGAACUGUAUUACUAAAUCAUACACAUUUUGCUGUGGAUACGUUACAAAGUAUAUUUUAAAAAUCUUAAAACAACUGAAAGCAUUGUAGUGUAAUGCUUUUACAAAGGAGUGAUGAAAAAUGGGCCUACUCUAACUGAAGUCCUCCCUUAAAAGUCACACAAACACAAGAAACCUAUUAAAUAGUAGAGUGCAUACGCAAUAGAUUUCAGUACUUCACAAAAACAUGAGCGUAUGAGUUAGAUAAAAAGCUGUGAACAGCCUAGUUCAUUGCACCAGGGUCCUCAGUAAAACCUCAGUAAAACCUCUGAGGGAAAAUCUGAUGAAAAUAUUCAGGCUAAACAACAUCAGGUCCAGCAGCAAUGCUGACUGGAAUUUUUUUAUUUUUUUUUAUUUGCAACCCUAAAAGUUGGCAACAGCUUUUUAUUAACAAGUCCAUAUUUUUAUUGUGCGUUUGUCCUUAAACGGCUUCCAGUUGUAAUCGAUGAGUCUUCUUUAGGUCAGCAGGGGGAAUCCUGAAUCCUCCCUCCGGUUUAAAAAAAUAUGAUUACCUGAUCUAUAAUUUAUACAAACUGUGUUGCAUUUGGUUUUAAUUAUCUCAGUGUGUGAUACACAAGAGUCCACUCCAACAGAAAACACCAUUUUAAUUGAAGGAUUGUUAAGGGGUAGUGCCAGUCUGCAGCAACCAUUAAGCGAGAAGCGGGGCACACGCUGGAGAGGUUGCCAAACCAUCACAGGGCAUUACAGAGGCAUUUUAAAAGACCAAACAAAUUCCCACAACAAAAAGUAUUCACAGACCUUGGUUUAUUUACCCUUUCUCUUGAUUUUACAAACCAAUCAUGAUCAGCAAAAUUUGUCUUAUUUAUCAAACCAAAUGACAAAAAGCCUUUUAAUGACAAAGAUUUAAUUUCUAUAAAAUAUUGAAAAUUUAAUGAAAAUAGGAAAGAUAAAGUAAGUGAUUGCAUUAAUAUUCUCCCCCUUUAAAGUUAAUGGCCUAAUUCAACAGAGGUCCAGCUAACUGGUACUAUGAGUCUCACAAUGAGUGGAAAAGAAAUCACCUGAGUCCAGUGAGUGUGUAUCCAGUGAUUGUAGUAUAAAAACACCUGGUUUUGGAAGGUCCAUUCACUGGCUGUUCUGUAAAAUUGCAAAUAACACUCCAAGAAAAUCAAAUUAAAGAUCUAUGAACAGCGUAAGUCAAGGAAUGAAUACAACAAAAACUUUAAGGCACUGAAGAUCCCCUUGGAGUUAUGGAGGGAAUAUAAUAUAAAUCUAUUCUAGAUCAGGAAGGCCUCACAAAUGAGUGACAGUGCAAAAAGGACAUUAUGGAGAGAGGACACUAGGAAGCCUCUGUCUAUGUUGAAGGAGCUACAAGUUUCAGCUAUUGAGAUGGGAGAGACUCUGAACUGAACAACUGCUGCCCAAGUUCUUCACCCGUCAAAGCUCUUUGGCAGAGUAGUUAUGAGAAAGCCACUGUUAAAGAAGACAUAUAUCGGAGCUCAACUGGAGAGUCCUUGGUCAAGUGGGAGAAAGUUAUUUGGUCUGAUGUGUCCCGAAUUGAGCUUUUUGGCCAUCAGGAUACCAAACAUUGCACAUGACUACAAACACACCGCUCCCACUGUGAACCAUGGUGAUGGAACCAUCAUGUUGUGGAGAUGACAGGCAUUAAGCCCUGGAAGACUUGUAAAGGUAGAAGAUAAACUACAGAUUGAGCCUGUUCACAGCCAAUUUUCAUGCAACCUGACAGAGUUUCACGAAUUAGUAAAGCUGCAGCCAGAUAGGCUUCAUGCUGUGAUUGCAGAUACAGGUGCAUAAACUAAAUAUUGAC